AUGGCCCUCCAAGAUCUCAUCGAUCAUCUCAUGAUUACUCCUAUGUGUGGAGUCGCUGCAAGACAAUGUAUCUUCGUUGCGUGUAACAACAGAGGAGCGCCCCCUGUGGAUGGAGAUGUCAUUGAGUUUUGUAGUGGUACUGUGAGUUCUCAUUUGCUCCUUUAAGUACAACAGAGCAAUGCUAAUCAGAAAUUGUUGCUAGAAUGCCACGGUAGAAAUACCCUGCAUAUAUCUAGUUAAUCAAGGUGUUCGAGAGAUCCAAAGAGAUUGUUCGGUCAACUACUACCCCGAGGGAGAAAACCAUGUUCUUGGUCAGUAUAUCAGUCCAGCAAAAGACUGGAGUGUACUUGUACGCCGAAAAGGAAGCCCAUGCGAAAAAAAUGCCACCGUACCUAUAA